UGGCCUCAGCUUUCCUCUAACCUCCCUCCCCUUCAGAUCUUCUCUCAUUUACUCAGAAACACGCGACCGAACGCUCGACUUUCUACAGUGGAACUAUAAACCAAAGGGGGGGGGAGGACACCGACUGACCUGAGUGCAGCCGGACAAGUUGAGGUGGAUGAGAUUUCGGCAGCCCUUUUCUCUGGUGAGCUCUCCUUCCUUAAAGACAUUCCCUCCAGAGCUCAGGAUGCGAGCGACCUCCUCUCUCCUCAUCGGCUCCCUGCUCCUCCUCCUGCUGGCGUCCGUUGAGAUGAGACCCGGGAAGGACAAAGGACUGACCCCUAAACCCACAUGGGACAGGAUGAGAGGCAUCAGGCGUCACAGCAGGUCGGGCCCCUCCAGGCCGGCGGCAGGUGACUGCUCGGAGUUGACAGAAUCUGGAGACCUUUUCAUAGACUGUCAGGACCGACGCCUCACCUCCAUUCCCACUUCACAGACCUGGUCCAAAAAACCAAAGCACCUCCUUCUUGCCCGUAAUAAGAUCAAAGUCCUCCGUGAAGAUGCCUUCUCUGGAUUCGAGAGUUUAACCAGUCUGGACCUGCAGCAGAAUCAGAUCUCCUUGGUGGUGGAAGGGGCCUUCCAGGGGCUGACCCGCCUUAAAACCCUGCUGCUGCAGCAUAACCGCCUGGCAACACUUAGCGAGGAGGCCCUCAUCCCCAUGCCGAACCUCCGCUACCUGCGUCUACACGACAAUCCCUGGAGCUGUGUCUGCACGAUGGACAGUCUCGUACGCACCCUUCAGGUCCCAAGCAACCGAAAUCUAGGAAAUCAUGCCAGGUGUGCAGGGCCCACCUGGCUGAAAGGCAUGAAGUUGAAGCAGAUCGACCCCAAGCUACUCUGUGUGGAGGCCUUCCCAGGUGGCCCCCAUCCGGACAACCAAACAGAUCCCAUGAAGCCUCUGGAGCCCAGUCCCAUUCGCACAAAACCAGACGCAACCGCAUCCUGCCAUACUUAUCUUUUCCCCCAAAUACGGAUGGACUGCAGUAAACGAGGUCUAACUGAGGUGCCUACAGGUAUUCCAGAGGACGUUGUUCAUAUGGAUCUGUCCCAUAAUUCCAUACGUCACCUGAAAGCCAGAAACUUCCAAGGAGCCCGGGCCCUUAGAACCCUCAACAUCAGUCAUAAUAACCUGGAGCACAUUGACAAAGCUUCCCUGUUUGGGCUCCUGCAUCUACUUGAGCUGGACCUGUCCAACAACAGCCUUCAUUUCGUCCACUAUGGAGUUCUUGAGGACCUUUACUUCCUGUCACAGCUAAAACUGGCAGAUAAUCCCUGGGUGUGUAACUAUAGCAUCCACUACAUGGUGUACUGGCUACAACUGCACUCAAAAGUGAGACACUCUGGCCUCUGGUGUCAAUCUCCCCCCGAACACACGGGGCAGAGUGUAGCAGAGUAUGUGUAUUCCUACAACAAGGAGUGUCCAAAGGACAGACAGCACAGCCCGUCAGAUCCAGACCAAACAGACCCUGAGCUGUGGAACACACCAAUGGAAGCGCAGGGGGAGCUGGAGGAGCUGGAGCCGGGCCACUUGAGGGGGCCACAGAAGUACCAGAUCUUCAGGCUGUCCUGAAUCAAGUCAAACGCUGUCCUCUAAUUUCACCUCUUUGUUUUCUGUUCAUUUUUCUCCUUUCACUAUCAUAACACUGUCUGUAUCAGAUGGAAAAACAACCUUUUUCUGUCUUUUAAAUCUGAAUAUAAAAGUUGACAAUUUAAAGGCUAUAAAUAU